GAAAACAGUGACUGGCUGAAACGAGAUAUUUCCUCCAUGAGCUCUCAAGUAGUAGAUGGCCUGUCUAAAUGCAGAAUCAAUUUAUCAAAUCAUUUUCUUAAAACUCUAGAGAAAUUUAAAAUAAGACACUCAGGAUUGUAUCACCAUUUGUCUUACAAAAAUGCUUAUCUGAACAGAGUUAUUCAAAAUGAACAUGACUACACAAAACUAAAUCCUCCAGCAAACCUGGAACAAAACUCCAAAACACCUUCUGAGUGUGAGGAUAAAUGGCACUCUUCAUUGAUAGCCAAUUCUAACAACUCUAACCAAGAUAAUUGCACAGUGGGACAGCCUACUUCAGAAUGUCAAGAGCAAAUAUUUUGUGCAGAUAAAACUCAAGAGUUGUUAGAAUUGCUUACAAACUCUAAAGAUGAGAUUAUAGCUGUUAAGGUCCCUCAGCUUAAAGAAGUCAGACUAACUACAAGUGCAAGAUACAUUGAUGUUCAACAAGGCACUUCUGAUUGGCUUAACCUGAGGACGGGGGUAAUAACAGCAAGUAAACUACCAUCACUCCUGGGUUUUCAUGGAAACAAAGAGUUUGAUUCAUCAUGGUUUUAUAUUCUAAACAAGAUAGAUGAAAGUAAAUGUAAACCAAAGCAAUACAGAAACUUUCAAAGAGGAAACUACUAUGAAAAAGAAGCUUUAGAGCACUUUCAGAAACUCUCUGGUAAGUCAGUUUAUUCGAAAAUAUUAAUAGUAACACAAUACUCUGAAAUUUAGCAAAUAAGUAUAUUACCAGCAUAUCAUGCAGUUAAUCAUGUACAUAACAUAAUCAAAUAGGAAUACACUUACAUGAACAUAAAUGUAAACAAAAAAAUUAAUGUAAGUUUGAGUAAUCAUGUAUUGAUUUCUAUUUUUUUCUACAGGUGUCCCAGUCUCAAGUUGUGGGUUUUUCAGACAUCCAUCAGACACAAACUAUGGAGCAAGUCCUGAUGGUAUUUCAGAAGCAUUUCUCGUUGAGGUCAAGACAAGAGCAGAAAACUCUGAAGCCCCAUUAGACAAAAUCACAGGCUCACAUAUUAUUCAAGCAAAUUUUCAGAUGUCUUGUGCAGGAGCAAAUCUUGUAUUUUUGCAAUCUUAUCACCCUGAAAAGAAAAGUUCAAAUAUAUUUUUCAUACCCAGAAAUGACCUGCUUAUAGAUGUCUUAAAAGAAAUAACUGAUCAUAUUUUACAUCACAAAAUUGUAAGUAAGUGGGAUUAUGAAGAGAAUAACCAUCUCUCUGAACUUGGAAAGAACUUAUUAAAUACUGUCCCUAGCUUUGACACAUUACGUCAAUUCCGUAAGUGGGUAAACCAAAUGACAAAG